AAUGCAGCCAUCGAAAUAAUAAUAAUAGUUAUCAGUGUAAGCAUAAAAAGAGAGAGGUAAUAAAUGAGAUGAUAGUUAGAUCGCUUAAAAGCAUAGCGAGAAGGAUAAUUAAAUAAAAAAGAAUAAGCUCUAAAUAAAUUAAGUGAUGAGGAAGUAAUAGCGUAAUUAAAGGCAAAAGGUUUAGGUGUAUAUGGAACAAAAUAAGAGAAAUUAGAUAGAUUAAAGAAAGCAAAUGGUAUAUUUGUAAAGAGUAUAUAAAGGAAUUGAAUUAAAUAUUAAGCAAGAGCAAGUUCCUCAAUAAUAAUAAUAAUAGUAAUAAGCAUAGCAAUAAUAAUAACAAUAAUAAUAAAUAGUUGUAUAAUAAUAAGUUCAAUAACCAAAAGGGUCAGUAGUUGACAAUAUAAAAAAGAUGGAAUAGUAAAGAGAAGAGCGUCGUAAAAAUAUGUAAGAAAUGAAAAGAGAGAAAGCAGAGAGAGAAGAAUAAAAUUAAAUAUUAGGUAAAAAUGUAGAUGUAGAAUUUGAAAUAAUGAUUGAUAAGAGUAGACUUAAAGGUGGAUUAAUUUAAGAACAUUAAACAACAUAAAAUAUAAAAUUAUGUGUAUGCGUUAGAAAGAGACCAAUAUUUAAAAAGGAAGAAGUAGGAGGAGAAAUCGAUGCAAUAAGUUGUUCAAAUCCAAUGAUAAGAGUACAUGAACCUAAAUUAAAAGUAGAUGGAAUAACUAAAUAUGUAGAAAAUCAUGAUUUUUAAUUUGAUAAUACAUUUAGUGAAGUUGAAUAAGGAAAAGACAUUUACGAUGUUAGUUUAGCUCCAUUGAUGGAUUUAUUGGUUAAUUAAGGAGUUGUAACAUGUUUUGCUUAUGGUUAAACAGGUUCUGGUAAAACUUAUACAAUGAAAAGUAUUUAAGAAUUAUUAGCAACUGAUAUAUAUAAAUUAAUUAGUACAACACCAUCUUAUAAGAUAUUUGUAUCAUUUUUUGAGAUUUAUGGUGGAAAAUGUUAUGAUUUAUUGAAUAACAAAGCACCAUUGUAAAUAUUGGAAGAUAAAAAUAAUAAUAUAUAAAUAUAAGGAUUAGUUGAAAAACCAAGUGAAUCAGAACAUGAACUAUUUUAAUUGAUGGAAUUAGCUAAUUCAGUUAGAACUACUCAUGCAACUGUUGCAAAUGAUACAUCAUCAAGAUCUCAUUCAAUAUGUUAAAUUGCAAUAAGAUAAGGGUAUUCAGAUAUUGGUAAAUUAAUAUUGGUUGAUUUGGCAGGCUCAGAAAGAGCAUAAGAUACUUAAUCAAAUAAUAGAUAAAGAAGAUUGGAAGGAGCUGAAAUUAAUAAAAGUUUAUUAGCUUUAAAAGAAUGUAUCAGAGCUAUGGAUUCAGGGUAAGGACAUGUACCUUUUAGGGCAUCUAAACUAACUUUAGUCUUAAGGGAUUCAUUUACUGCUAAAUCCAAUAAAUCAAGAAUCAUUAUGAUAGCUUGUAUUAGUCCUGGAAGUUCAUCUGCUGAUCAUUCAUUAAACACUUUAAGAUAUGCUGAUAGAUUAAAAGAUAAAUCUAAUUAAGCUAAACUUUAAUUAGAAGAAAGAGAAGUUACAAAUGAAGAAUUAUUAUAUAGACAAUAAUAAGGUCAUGAUAGACAAUCUGAUAAAAAUUUAGAUAAUAAAUAAUAAUUAUUAGAGAAAUAAAAUCCUCCAUUAUAAUUACCAAAAAUUAAUGAUGCUAGAAAUUAAAAUAAUUAAAAUGCUGCUAAUGUUAAAAAGAAUUAAUCAUAAAUUCCAGAAAAAGAAAAACCAAAAUCAUAACCUGUGCCUCCAAAAUAAUAGAAAAAAGUUAAUACAGUAUAAGAAGAUUCAGAUGAUGAAGUUGCAGCUGAAGAAUUAGUUAAUAAAAAUAAUGGGUAAGUCAAAGAAGAUGUUAGAUGCAUGAAAGAAACUAUGAUGAAAAAUUAAUAAAAUAAUGCUAAUGGAAAUGGAAAUGAAUUCUUUGAUCUUCAUGAAAAAAUUAAUACAAUCUUUGAAGAGUAAGAUGAAAUACUAAAUAUUCAUAUGGCAGCCAUUAAAGUAUUAUUAUCUAUCUAUUCUAUAUAGGAAGAUGCUAAAUUAUUAUAAUAAGAAAGCGAACUAAUUCAGUCAAUCUAAGGAGUUGGAAUUGUAGAUUAUGAUGUAGAUACUUAUGUUUCUAAUUUAGAAGCUUUCAUCAAAAAAAAACUUAAAAUCUAUAAUUUGUUGAAUAAAAAACUGUUAGUUUUUAAGUAUUUAUUAUACAUAUUAAAAAUAGAACACAUCUGAAAGAAGAAGAAGAGAUUAGUUCCAAAAUGAAGAAUACAUUUUAUUAUUGA